AUCAUGUUGAAGCUAAGUCACUGAACAACAACGAAGAAAGAAGCAGAAAACAAGAUGGAAAGCCCUCUCCUCCUGAUUGUCUCACUGAUCUUCCUCCGUUUAUUUUCCUCAGCUCUCUCAUCUUCGGUGGUCACCCAUUUGCCUGGAUUCCAAGGCCCACUACCUUUCUACUUAGAGACAGGGUACGUGGAGGUGGACGAGGAGCACGGAGGAGAGUUUUUCUACUACUUAACCGAGUCGGAGAACAAGCCGACAGAGGAUCCUCUGCUCCUCUGGCUGACCGGCGGCCCUAGGUGCUCUGCCUUCUGCGGCUUGGUCUUCCAGAUCGGCCCCCUGAAAUUUGUGACAGCCGAGUACAAUGGGAGCUUGCCAAGCUUGGUGUACAAUCCCUAUUCCUGGACCAAGGUAGCCAACAUUAUAUUUUUAGAUUCCCCAUUGGGUUCUGGAUUCUCAUACUCAAGAAAAUAUGAAGGGUAUGAUGCCAACGAUACGAUUUGGUCCGAACAGGCUUCUAAGUUUCUUUUACAGUGGCUUGUUGAGCACCCACAGUUCAUCUCCAAUCCCCUCUACAUUGCUGGGGAUUCAUAUGCUGGAAAAAUUGUACCUAUGGUGGCCAAAAGAAUAUUGGAUGGUAUUGAUGAAGGGAAAGAACCACUACUUAACCUCCAGGGUUACUUGAUUGGCAACCCAUUCACAGGUGAAAACAUCGAUGAGAAUUCUAAAAUACCUUAUGCUCACGGCAUGGGGAUAAUAUCAGAUGACUUCUUUGAGAUGAUACAAAAAAGUUGCAGCGGGCAAGACUAUCGGAAUCCCACCACUUCAAAAUGCCAGAUACAUCUUAACUCAUUUAGAAAUUUAUUCGUAUCGGAAAUUAAUGAUGAACACAUUUUAGAAAUGUAUUGUCCUGAGUGUCGAUUGAAACCACUACCUAGUCUUGCGAGCACAACUUCUGGUAAACGAAUUUUGAAGGAGAAUCAAAACAUUCUUCACCCUCCACCAUUUCCCGAUCCGGGUUGUCGAUGUUAUGUCUAUACUCUGGCUUACUAUUGGGCUAACAAUAACAUGGUAAGGAAGGCACUCAAUAUCAAACAGGAGACGAUUAAAGAAUGGAUAAGGUGUAAUCGUCACUUAUCAUACCCGAUAGAACCCAAGAGUAAUAUCAAGUAUCAUCUCAGCCUUUUACAAAGAGGAUACCGUGCUUUGGUUUAUAGUGGUGAUCAUGAUCUGAUGGUACCCUUCUCGGGGACAAUACAAUGGGUAAAAUCCUUGAAUUCUUCUAUUGUGGAAGACUGGAGAUCUUGGCAUGUUGGUGGUCAAGUUGCUGGGUAUACCAUAACAUAUUCCAAUAAUUUGACAUUUGCAACUGUGAAGGGUGCUGGACACACAGCUCCGGAGUACAAAUCACAAGAAUGUCUAGCUAUGAUCAUGAGUAUUAGGAUGGCGCCGAAGCCGCUGGACUACAAGUUGCUGAAUGAGAAUGUGAAGAAAGUUGCAUAUGCUGUUAAAGGGGAGCUUUACCUUCGGGCUUCGGAGUUGCAAAAGGAGGGGAAGAAGAUUAUUUUCACAAAUGUCGGGAACCCUCAUGCUCUCGGAUAGAAGCCAUUAACAUUUCCCCGUCAGGUGGUAGCAUUAUGCCAAGCUCCAUUUCUAUUGGAUGACCCUAAUGUCGGGCUUUUAUUCCUAGCAGAUGUCAUUGCAAGAGCUAAACAUUAUCUUUCAUUGAAUUCGGGUGGUUUAGGUGCAUAUAGUGAUUCUCGAGGACUUCCUGGAAUUAGGAAAGAAUUUGCAGAGUUCAUUGAAAAAUCUAUGCAUGAGUUGGACUUUUUUAUUUCUUCUUCUAACUCUUGACAUUUUGUAUGGUCGAUAAGUCAUUUGCAAUGGAUGUUCAAUCGAACUAUCAGAUUAUUAGAAGCAGGUAUCGAGCUAGUGUAAGU